CAAAAUUUUCCAUUCAUAACCUCAACACAAAGCAGAACAAAAAUGGCAGCCUCAGCCUCCAAUCUCAGAAGUUCUUGUUCCUUCCCUAAUGUUCUUCUCUCUUGCAUGAAUCUCAUCCUCUUCUCUCUCUCUGCACUCUCUCUUGCCCCCAUCAUUCUCGUCAAAAUGCCCCCAACUUCACUGGGUUUGGCGUUUCUAAUGGUCUCCUGCAUCUCUCUUCUUUCCUCUUUCGUGGGUUUGUUUUCCCAGCUUGCCCAAUUCUGCUUCAUAACCCACGUUUCACUCCUCCUCGCCUCCGUAAUCGGGCAGUUGCUGGCCAUCUUGGCGCUGUUUACACGAGAGAAAUCAAGCCUGAGCAUGCUGAACUCGCCGAGAGAUCCGAAAGAGGCGAAGGUGUUGGUGAGAUUGGAGUGUGGGGUGUUCAUGGCGAUGGUGGUGAUGCAACUGGUGGUGUUGGUGUUGACGUGCGUGGUGCAUAAUUGUUGGGUGAGAGAGUACGAGGGACUGGAGGCGGAGAAAGAGGCGUCGGCGAGGAAGAGGAGUAGGAGGAUUGCGAGAGUGCAGGAGGAAUCGCUGGCAAAUGCAGCUAAGAUUGCAGAGGUCAAAGCCAAGGAGUUAGACGAGAUUGAGAAAAUGAGGAGCAAGUAUGUGCGGUGGGUCAAAACUGACUUUGAAGGAUGACUUCUUUAUAUCUAUAUCAUGUAUCUAUAUAUAUAUAUAUAUAUAUAUAUAUAUACAUACACAUAUGUAAUCAACUUCAAAAAAAAAAAAAAAAAGUGUCAUUUACCAUCCGAGUGAGCUUUAAUUGGAUCUUUGGGGUCACUAUUUUGGUGGCCACUUGAUGUGUAAUGUGUGUUUUAAACGGGUGAAGUGGAUCGAUCACCUUAUGCUUCUUUAAUUUUUGUGUUCCUUCUAAUAUCUGUAAAUAUGUCAUUAAUCGUACCAAAA